UAAUGGUUAUGUGCUUAAUUUCUUUAUAUGUUUAAACAUUCAUAAUUUAUAGUUUUUUAUGUUUAUAUACUUUUGUUACUGUUCAAAUGUCGUAUUUGUCAUAAUGUCAUUUAGUUCUAAGUAAUUAUUAAAAAUAAGUUAACCUACUUAAUAUUAUAUUUUCAGUUGAGGAUUGUAAGUUGUAACCUGUUUGAUAGUGAUUGAAUAAUAGUUAAUCGUGCGUAUUAAAAUAUCUAACUCGAAACGACUUAAACCAUAUAAUAUCAAUAUGACGUUUUGCAUGACUGUCAAUGAAACAACUGUUGUAUUGUCUUCAAUAGAUGUUGAUAAAUGUUUGGUGUAUUCGUUAGACAGUGGAAAUGUAAAAAAUCUCACGGACAAUUUAGGUGAAGCAUAUAAAAACAUUCCAAUCAAUAACCACGACUUGCAAAAAGCAUGUGCAGCGUUUUCAGCUGAUGGCACACUAUUUGCUUACAAUCCGAACAAAGGUAAGCUCCUGAGCGUCUGGAACACCACAAACUGGACAUUGGUUGAAAACAAAACACUAGCAAAGCAUGCAACAAAUAUAGUUUUUACACCUAAAACUAAUGUAAUUGUUGUUGGUGAUAAAAAAGGCGACGUUUAUGCAUUUGAAGAACUCCCUAUCCGCAUUCUGGGUCAUUCAUCUAUGAUCCUUGAUAUUUGUAUCAGUGAUAAUGAAAAGUAUAUUGUUACAUGUGACAACGAUGAAAAAGUACGAGUUUCACAUUAUCCAAAUGGUAAAAACAUUGUAUAUUAUAUGAUGGGACAUGAAGCGUAUGUUAGUGGAAUCUGUUUAUUAAACAAUUUUGUCUUAUCUGGCUCUGGUGAUAAUACACUGCGUUUGUGGGACUUCAAUAAAGGUGAUCUGCUAGAUAAACUAAGUCUCCAUACUCCAAUUCAAAGUGUUAUUGAGAUUGAAAACAUGGCAGCCAUACAAUUAUAUAACUCUAGAGACGUACAUAUCAUCAAAACAGAGAAAAAAGAAAACAAAUGGACUAUUAAAAAUAUUAAAACUAUUCAAUUUGAAAACAAUGUUUUGGAUUUGGCAGCAUAUGGUAAUCAAUUGUGGAUUUUAACAGUUAACUCAGUUUAUAAGUACACCAUUGAUGCUAGCAAUGAAAUUAUUUUAAGAAUUCAGGAUGCUGAAAUGACACAUAAACUUGAAACAUUAAGUAAUUUAGUUAAAUCCUUUGUGUGCCUGGAAAAAACUAAUUUGAUGAUUUUUCUUUUUAAUAAAAUGAUUGAUAAACGAAAGAGAAUUGAACAAUAUCAACAAAAUAGUAGUACUCCAGUAUUACCCGAAACAAAAAGACUUAGAACUUAAGUUUAUCUACCUAUAACAUUUAAAUGACAUAUUUUUUGAUAUUAUAAGACUGUCAAUAGUUUUUAUCUGAAUUAAUAUGUUAAAGAUAAUUUAUGUUUCUAAAUAUUUAAUAUAGUCCUAAAUUGUAUAGGUAAACUACUAUAAGUAUAACAUCAAUAUUUUUAAUAUAUGAUUCUAAGAAUAAUAUUUGUUACUUACUAAUGAGCAAUUAUAAUUUUAAUACACUAUAAUUAUACUGUUUAAAUUCAACGACCUAGAAAACACAUUAUGACUUAUAUGUUUAGCUACUGAUUGCCGAGAACUCUAAAUUUAUUCUGUUACUAACAUUCAUAUGGUUUGUCAUUGUGUGAAAUGUAGUACCAUUACUUACACGAUGUGCAUUCUAUGAACAUUUUCAGUUAAAAACCAAUAAUAAUUAAUAUUUAUUUUUUACCUAACUAUAUUAAUAUUAGUCAACAUUUAUAAUGCAUUGAAAAUUAUACAAUAAAUUGGUAAAAAUGUUUUAUUUA